AUGAUUCGUGCCAUACUUAUUAUCAAUAACCAUGGAAAACCAAGGUUAAUAAGAUUUUAUGAGCAUUACAGUGAAGAUGAACAACAGAAAAUUGUCAAAGAAGUUUUCAAUCUGGUCUCUAGAAGAGAUGAUGAUGUUUGCAAUUUCUUAGAAGGUGGCACACUAGUUGGUGGACAAGAUUAUAGAUUAAUUUAUCGUCAUUAUGCUACAUUAUAUUUUGUAUUUUGUGUUGAUUCAUCUGAAAGUGAACUUGGUAUAUUGGAUUUGAUUCAAGUAUUCGUCGAAGCAUUAGAUAAAUGUUUCGAGAAUGUUUGUGAACUUGAUUUGAUUUUCCAUGUAGAUAAGGUACACUACAUACUGAAUGAACUUGUACUAGGUGGAAUGGUAUUAGAAACUCAUAUUAAUGAAAUUACUCAUAGAUAUGAGGAACAACAAAAACUCGAGAAACAGGAGUCUGGAUUAUCGGGAGCGCCAGCUCGAGCUGUCUCAGCAAUGCGUGACCUAAAUCUUCAUCAGAAAUUUAAAGAAAUACGCUUUCCAGAUUUACAAUCAUUACAAAGUAGAUUAUCACGUUGA